UCUCAGUUUAAACACAACGUUUUUCAUUUCGAAUUAUCAUAUAAUAAAAUUCGCACAAAAAGACGCAUAUUUGUAUCGUUUAAUAAAGUGUUCCUUUUGCUAAACAAAAUCAAAGAAAUAUCUAAUUCCAAAAAGACAAUAUGUGUUUGUAUAUGGGUGUUGCAGAACAUUUAGUUGACAUUUUAACUUUUUGCGUGUGUCGUGUGAUUGAAAUGUCUAUAUUUGUAUUGAUGAUGACAUGUGGCAUCACACUACAAGACGCUGAUGCUGAAGAGCCAUCUGUCACUCACACUGGCUAAGUGCCAAAACACACAAUCCUGAUGGAUGACUGACUGAUGACUAUAACGAUAAUGAUGCUUUUUUUGGGAGAGAGGCAGCUAACUUCAUACCACUAAAUUCGAAUGCAUUGUUAAUGCUAAUACUACUGAUGACAUGGAGGUUGACAAAAAAAAAAAAAAAACAAAUAAAAAUAAUGGCCAAGUGAUUUGCGAUAAUAAUGUGUGUAUUUUGUGUAUGAGUAUUAAGAAAAUAAGCAGAUGUAUUUAACUACUUAUUUAUUAAGUUAUUAAGACUAAGA